GGAAAAAUUAGCAAUGAUAAAUCAUCCUUGAAGAUUUUAUCAGAUUUUUCUCUUGAAAGGACACCAGCAAUAAUCUCUCCUAUAUUUUUUUGAAAAUAAUGAAAUUCCUGGGUGGGCUGUAUUUAAGUAAAUAUCAAAUCAUACCUGACCAACCCAACGGACAGCUGUUCACCGUUCCUUAAAUAACAGUCCAAUCCCCUUUCAGUCGCCAUUUUUAUUUUCUGGGUUUCUAUUCUUCACUGGAAUAAGAAUUGGAAGCAAAUGGAGGGGUUGUUUUCAUUGAGAGCAACGCCUAGGGUUUUGGUUCCGACCGUUUCGGCUCCAAAUCACAAACCCAAGUUCUCGAUUUCAGGGACUCGUAUGGAAGUGCAGAAAAGCAAGAAACUUUCUGUUGCCUGUGUUCGUGCUCAGCAGUCUGAAUCCAAGGAUGGAUCCGCCACGGUUUCCCCACUGAGUGAUUCACAGGAAAAUGCUCUCAAAAUUAAGGAGUGGGAAGUGGGGAGGUUCCAAGAUGAAAUAGCAGCUACCCAGGGUAUAAGAAUCAGGAGAAGACCACCAACUGGUCCACCAUUGCAUUAUGUGGGCCCUUUUGAGUUUCGGUUACAGAAUGAGGGUAACACUCCUCGUAACAUUUUGGAAGAAAUUGUAUGGAACAAGGACAAGGAAGUCUCACAGUUGAAAGAGAGAAAGCCUCUCGGUAUGCUGAAGAAAGCUCUUGAGAAUGCCCCUCCCAAUAGAGAUUUCAUUGCGGCUCUUAGGGCUUCCAAUCUCCGGACUGGGUUUCCUGGUUUAAUUGCUGAAGUGAAAAAGGCUUCUCCAAGCAGAGGAAUCCUGAGAGAGGAUUUUGAUCCGGUUGAAAUUGCCCGAGCCUAUGAGAAAGGUGGAGCAGCUUGUCUUAGUGUUUUGACUGAUGAGAAGUAUUUUAAGGGAAGCUUUGAAAAUCUGGAGUUGAUACGAAAUGCCGGAGUAAAGUGCCCUCUGCUGUGCAAAGAAUUUGUCGUAGAUGCAUGGCAAAUCUACUAUGCUCGAACCAAAGGGGCAGAUGCAAUUCUUCUAAUUGCUGCUGUUUUACCUGAUCUUGACAUCAGAUACAUGACUAAGAUUUGCAAGAUGCUUGGGUUGGCAGCACUUGUUGAGGUACAUGAUGAGAGAGAAAUGGAUCGUGUUCUUGGAAUAGAAGGGAUUGAACUUAUUGGCAUCAAUAACCGUAACCUUGCAACAUUUGAGGUUGAUAUUAGCAACACAAAGAAGCUUCUUGAAGGAGAACGUGGUGAAAUAAUCCGUCAAAAAGAUAUAAUUGUUGUCGGGGAGUCUGGGCUGUUCACUCCUGCUGAUGUUGCUUAUGUACAAGAAGCUGGUGUUAAAGCAGUAAGUUUCUUAUCUCUGCUAAAUGAAAAGAGAUUUUUAAUUUUGAAUGGAAAAUAUAAAUCUUACUGGAAAGUGAUUUCUCAUUUCAAUAUCAAAAACCCAACAAGAUAAUACGGUCUUCUUUAUGAGCAUGUCCAUGAAACAAUCACCCUUUCUGCUGAUGAUCAGUUUGAAAAAGAGAUCAUGCAUGAAAUCUUUACUGCAAACAUGUGCUUCUCUCAAAAACCCAACAAGAUAAUGAGGUCUUCUUUGGAUUUUGAGUUUCUUAUUUUGACAUGGACCCAUCCAAUUCCAUUGCAAGUCUUAUUUUGAGGUGGAACCAAGCCAAGCUGAUUUGGAUAAAUUGCAUCUCGUGCCAUGCAUGCUUACACAAGCUAAAAACACAUACACCUAUGCUUCUUUGUGUUUAUAAUGGAUUCUAACGCUAACGACAUGGGCAUUUCGUAAUCCACCCUUGCAGAUUUUGGUCGGGGAAUCAAUUGUCAAACAGAAGGACCCCAGGAGUGGCAUAACUGGACUUUUCGGUAAAGAUAUCUCUGUAUGAGUUCAAGAGAGCCUCCUUGUUGUAACUGGCAGCAGAUGAAGUUAACUAUUAUCACAGCCAUAUGAUCCUCCUUCCCUUAACUCCUUUUUGAGUUUAUUAUACAGUAAGGUUUUGUGUCCAAACCUGCAUUGGAGUGGAUCACUGUAUUCAAUAAAAUUCUUAAGCAUGAAUAUGUUGAGUGGAUAAUGAGGUUAAAUUAAGCUGUUUACACAUGGGUCUUGAAUGA